AUGGCAGCUACCGACAAGAAACCCAACAUGACAGACAACAUCGAGUCACCAACACCCACCAAAAUCCCCUGGUGGCGGCUGGUCGUCGAACAGGGCAUCGUCACCCAGGAGAUCAUCGACUACCCAUACCCCGGCUCCGGCACUGAUGAGGACCCUUACGUGGUGACCUGGAUCCCCAAUGACCCGCGCAAUCCAAUGCUGUUUAGCCAGUGGAAGAAAUGGACGAUUACUAUGCUAGUUGCCAUCGCGACUCUGGCUGUUGCGCUUGUGUCAUCCGCAUAUACGGGCGGUAUUGCGCAGAUUGAGGAGCAGUUUCAUAUUGGGAGUGAGGUGGCUACGCUUGGUGUUUCGCUUUUCGUUUUGGGGUUUGCUAUUGGUCCUCUCCUCUGGGCACCGCUUAGUGAACUGUUCGGCCGUCAGAUUCUCUUCAUCAUCACAUACUGCGCCCUGACUGCGUUCAACUCUGGCGCUGCUGGAUCGCAGAAUAUCUGGACUCUCAUUAUCCUUCGUUUCUUUGCUGGUUCGUUUGGAUCGUCGCCGUUGACCAACGCUGGUGGUGUUAUUGCCGACAUGUUCCCGGCAAAGGAACGUGGUAUUGCUAUGAGUUUGUUUGCUGCUGCGCCGUUUUUGGGUCCCGUCCUUGGCCCGAUUAUUGGUGGUUUCUUGGGAAUGAACGCCGGCUGGAGAUGGGUCAUGGGCUUCCUAGGUGCCUUCUCCGGUGUCGUCUGGAUUAUCGGCUCGCUGCUCAUCCCAGAGACCUACGCCCCCGUACUCCUGCGCCGCCGCGCAGAGAAGCUGUCCAAGCGCUCUGGAAAGAUUUACCGCAGCAAGCUCGAAGUCGACCAGGGCAAAAUCUCCCUCAAGGAGUCAUUCAAGGUUGCCCUAUCUCGCCCUUGGCUUCUGCUCUUCCGUGAGCCCAUCGUGUUUCUGUUGUCCUUGUACAUGGCUAUCGUCUAUGGUACCCUGUACAUGCUGUUCGCCGCAUACCCCAUCGUGUUUGAAGGCGUUCGCGGCUGGAACCAAGGUGUUGGAAGUCUUCCGUUCCUGGGAAUCAUGGUGGGCAUGUUGAUGGCCGUCGCUUAUUCAAUCUGGGAUAACAAGCGAUACAUCCGGGUUGAAAAUGAAAAUGACGGUUUUGCGCCUCCCGAGGCACGUCUGGCUCCUUGCUUGAUCGCAUCUGUCGCCAUUCCUGUCGGCUUAUUCUGGUUCGCUUGGACCAACUAUCCCUCUGUCCACUGGAUGGCUCCCAUUGCUGCCGGUGUUCCCUUUGGCUUCGGAAUGGUUCUCGUUUUCCUGAGUAUCAUGAACUACCUUAUCGACGCCUACACUAUCUUCGCCGCUUCGGUCCUUGCCGCCAACUCCGUCCUGCGUUCGUGCUUCGGUGCCGCCUUCCCCCUCUUCACAACCUACAUGUACCAAGAUCUGGGUAUCCACUGGGCCUCCUCGAUCCCAGCCUUCCUGGCCGUCGCCUGCGUGCCAUUCCCCUUCCUGUUCUACAAGUACGGCCCGAAAAUUCGCAAGAGCUGCAAAUACGCCGCGCAGUCCGAUGCGUUUAUGCGUAAGCUGCAGGAGGCGCAGCAGCAGCCCGAGUCUGACCAGGACGAGAAGGAAGACGACGCAUUCGACCGCACCGAAGCACCCGUGCCGGCGCCCCAUGUCUCGGAUGACAGCAGCAGCGAGGAAUCGAAUGUCGGACGCCUGGGUCGGUUACCGUCUAUGCCGUCUAUGCAGCAGAUCCGCAGUCACGCUUCUUCGAGGACGGUGGGGUCUCGAAAGGCGACGUACGAUGGGAAUCCGUAUGACAUUGACCGUGUCAACACUCGGGAAUCGUUCAAGUGA